AAGAAAAGGGUGCCGAUCACUUGUCUGUCAGAAAAGAUAUAUAUAUAAGGCGGCCGGGGCGUUCCCCAAUCCCGAAAGCUAAACUGAUUGAUAAGUAUGGCCAUUAGAAUGGAAUCCAGGGACAGGCUACAGGGUGUAAUGGAAAAAGAGAUUCGGUCACCAUGGCAACGGAAAGCACGCCGGCGUACUGUUGGUUGUGUUGCAUUCCGUUCCCAUUCUUUCAACGAGAGUUUUGAUGAAAGGAUAGAGGAGAAUUUCUACUUGGACCUUCCCACCAAAUUAUCGGCUCUUAAAGCUUCCCAAUCUGUUGUCAGUCUCGUGUCUCGCGCUCGCAGAGGCGUGAAAAAUAAAUUAGUAAUUCCUUGCUCGGGAACCAUCAUAGGAUCCAAGCUUGAAGAAAAUGGUUCAUUCACCCAUACCAUCCUCACUUCUGCCAAUCUCCUCAUUACCCGCGCUGCUUCAACUUCGGAGGAUCAUCCUCCUCUGGCUCCUGAACCUGGUAUCAAGGUUUAUGUGUAUUUAUCAAGUGGUGAUUCAUUUGAGGGUGAAAUUUUUGGUUUUAAUUUUCAUUACAACAUUGCCAUCAUCAAAUUCAAGUCCAGCUCACGCUUCCCGACUGCAAUUCUGAAGCACAUAGAUGGUUCCAUUCCUCUAACUACCAAAGCUGAGCUACAGUACACGUCAUUUGGACUCCGUCCUCACGCCGAACCUUCAGAUUUAUUCAACCUUUGUCCUGGAGAGAAGGUAAUAGCACUUGGCCGCCAUUACUUAUCCCACAGUCUCAUGGUUGCACCAGGUGCUUUCAGACCUGGUGUGCGCAGACCAGGUUUGCUCAGACCACGUUUUUCCGGACCUGGUUUCCGUGAUUAUGAUUGCGUAGAGCUUCUCACAGCAAGUUGCAGGAUUACUGUAGGUGGUAGUGGGGGACCCCUUAUCAAUUGUAAUGGUGAAGUCAUUGGAAUCAAUUUCUAUGAGCAUUCUUAUACUUCUUUUCUGCCAAUCAAUAUUGCUUCUAGGUGCUUGGAAUGCUUGGAGAAAAAUGCGAGAGUUCCUCAACCUUGGUUUGGGGUUAAAGUGACUAGUUGUAAUGCAAUAAGUGCAAAUAUGUUUGAAAAAAUAAUUCAGAAGUUUGGCCACAUCAUCGAAGGUGUUCUUGUUGAAGAGGUUAUACCAGAAUCUCCUGCUUGUUCUUCUGGCGUGCGCCCUAAUGACAUCAUCAUUCGAUGUGGUAAACAGGCUGUUGUAUCUUCCUCUGAGUUCUAUGGAACUUUGCUCGACAAUACUGGAGAAUCCAUGGAGGUAAUUGUGAUGAGGCCAUGUCUUGGUAGAGAUUUGAGUCUAACCAUAAAGGUUAUCGAUGAAACAAACCCGGAGAAAUAUUACAGAUGGCCGGUUCCAGAAGAGGCAUUUUGAGGAGGCGUGGUGCCCCUAGCUAUGGUCGAACAUGAUGUGUACCUGCUUAAGAACUUAUUUUGUUUAUGUUCUGAUUGUGCAAUGUACACAGUUAAAAAUAAAUAAAAAAGAUAUGAUUAGCUAUCGAUGAGGGAUGGUUAAUGAUAUCAAUAAAUUGAUAUUGAUA